UCUCCUUACCUCUACCCUCCAUACUUCAUUAGUCGAAGCCCGAACUGUCAGCUCACAUUUGUGGAUCUCGUGAGAAAGCACCAGCCAGAAUGUCGGACGCAGCCGGCCGCCCUAUGAAAUAUCCCUACACCAUCAGCGCUAAAAUAGCGCAGUUCCCGUUCAAGUUCUACAUUCAGAACCAAUGGAUCUGGCGUUACUGGAUGAUUGGGAUUGCUGUUGCCACCCCAGUGUUCUACAAGAUUCACAAACUGGCUAACUCCCCUGAGAAUGUAAGCAAAUGGGCAGAGAUGAGGAAGAAGGAGGCAGCAUCGCACCACUAACAACAAAGUUGUAAUAAAUUAAAAUAUUGUAAGCAUAAAUAAAAUCAUGUCAUAGUUAAA